UUGGCUCGAAGAAAGGUAGAUAGUUCACCCUGGGAAGCACCAGAUCCAGUGCUCCUUUUCUGCAGUAAGCAGCAGUCAUGUCAGACAACGAUGAGACUCCAGACGACGAGGAUGUGCAGUCAGCGGUGGAAUACUUGAAGAUGCUGCAGCAGGGCAACAUGUUCAACGGCCGGGAGGGCCUGCUAGAGCAGCUUAAGGAGCUCGCGCAGAAGGGCGUUCACCCCUUGGAGGUGCUGCAGGCCAUGCGUAAGCCGGUCCAGGAGGAGCCCAUGGCACAGGUGCUCGACAGCUUCGACCUGGAGGGCAUCGCCAAGUACAUCGCGGAGAAGGGCUGCCAGCGGAUCGUGGUGAUGUGCGGCGCCGGCAUCUCCACCUCCGCCGGCAUACCCGACUUCCGGACGCCAGGCACGGGGCUGUAUGACAAUCUGCAGCGCUUCAACCUGCCUCAGGCGGAAUCCAUCUUCGAGCUGAACUUCUUCCGCAGGAACCCGGGGGCCUUCUACGAGCUCGCGCGGGAGAUGUGGCCGGGCAACUUUGAGCCCACCCCGGCGCAUUACUUCAUCCGCCUGCUGCACGAGAAGGGCCUUCUGCUGCGAUGCUACUCCCAAAACAUUGACAGCCUCGAGCGUCGCGCUGGGUUGCCAGGCGACAAGUUGGUGGCUGCCCACGGAAACUUCGACGAAGCACACGUCAUCGACACGGAGCCCGAGGUUCUGGUGGACAUCAACGAGUUGAAAUCCGCCCUGGACAAGGGCGAGGAGGGCUGGCAGAAGCUAAGAGAAGACAAGGGAGGCCUUGUGAAGCCAAAGAUCGUCUUCUUCGGGGAGGAGCUCCCAGAGAGGUUUGCCCGACUGCACCGAACUGAUUUGGCCAACUGCGAUUUGUUGAUUGUGAUGGGCACAUCUUUGGUUGUGCAUCCUUUUGCGGGGCUGGUUGGCUAUGCAGCUCGCAGCGCGCCAAGACUGCUCAUCAAUCGAGAUCAGGCUGGUACUUGUGAUGGUCUGAAAUUCGGAUUCCGGUUCCACUUAGCAGAGGCUCAGAACUGGAGGGAUGCAUUUCACGCUGGUGACUGCGACUCGGGCUGCAAAGCUUUGUCAGAAUUGCUGGGCUGGAAGGAAGACUUGCAGGCGCUUGUCGACUCCAAGGGCGCUGCGUCUGUGACAAGGGCCCCUUGGGUCGAACCGGAGAGCCAGUGACGUUACGGGCACUGUGCAGACUGUGCAUAAGCCUUUUGAAAUUCGUAGCGCUGAGCGAAGAGCUCCUGAUUACCGUGCAUCAGACACGUGACACGACUCAUCCAGCUCCAAGUCAUCAAAAUCAAUCAUAGCUUUUACCACAUGAUGUGUUG